GAAGAAGAAACGCAGGUGUAUAUAGAACUCACUUCUACCUUCGAUUUUCAUAAACAAAUAAAUAAAUAAUUAAUCAAAAUAAAAUGGACCGAACACUCUUACUCGCUCUCAUACUCUUCACGGCAGCCGCCACCGCCGAAACAGACCAUAAUCUCACCUCCCGCCAGCCAUCAUGGUCCACCGCCGUGGAGGAAGCCGAUCUACUUCCGCCGGACGCCUCUGUUCCCGACUCCGACGGCGGCUUCUCUUCAAUGGACAGCAUGUUGCACUGGGCAAUAAGUCAUUCUGAUCCUGAAAAGUUAAAGGAAUCAGCACAGGUUCAUGAAGGAUUAUCACCUAGCGAACUUCAAAAGCGUCAAUUGGAAAUCAAAGAGUUAAUGGAGGAAACAAAAAUGUUAUCUGAUGCUGAAUUGAUGAAAAUUUCUAUCAGUGAUUUGAAUAAUGUGUCUAUAUCUUUGGAAGAUCGAUACCGAGCCUUGUUCGAGCUUCUCGAGCUUGUUGAACCAUUGGAUAAUGCAAAUGAUUUAAACAAACUUGGUGGGUUUUAUGCUCUCAAGCGAGAACUUGAUAACUCGGAUCCGGGUAUUAGGGCUCUUGCUGCAUGGGUUAUUGGAAAAGCUAGUCAAAAUAAUCCAACUGUUCAGCAGCAGGUCUUGGAACAUGGUGUACUCUCGAAGUUGAUAGUUAUGAUAAAAUCUGAUUCCGUUGAAGAAGGCAUUAAAGCAUUAUAUGCUGUUUCAGCUUUGACUCGGAAUAAUUUAGCUAGUCAGGAAUUGUUCUAUGCUGAAGCUGGUGGUUUGAUGCUUCAGGAUAUUUUGAGGAAUGCAAGUAUUGAUAUCAAACUACGGAAGAAGGCAGUGCUUCUAUUGACCGAUUUAGCAGAGUAUCAAUUAGAAAAUAUUGACAAGGAUGAACCAUCAUUUUUCAAUGGUCAGGAUCUGUUGAAGUCUGUGGUUGAUUUAACUGCUUCAACUGACCUUGAUCUCCAGGAAAAGGCACUUGUCGCGAUUAAGAGUCUCUUGCAACUAAAAACCACUGAAGCUCGAGUUUUCAGGGACUUCUGUGCUUUAGGUGAUGCACUGAAUAGAAUGAAACAAUUGUUGCGUGAUUUGAUGACGGAUGAGGAUCAAAGAGACUAUGUAAUGGAUGUCGAAAAUGUUCGUACUGAAGUGGAAAAUAUUUUCCAUGGAAAGCUGAUCUCAUGAGUUGACAUCCUUAGAUUAUGAGGUUGACCCUGUAUCAUCAUCUAGAGUUUAUAGGAUACGUUUCUCACAAUUUUGAUGUUCUUAUUGACAUUUGUUAAUGAUAACUAGGGGUUUUGAUACUAAUUAACUUUUAUAGUUGUACAGUUGAUAACUUAAUAUUCUCUUGUUCUAGCAUUUGGUGUUUUCUAAUUUAAAUAAUAUUUAUUUUUGGUACAGAGAUUUAAUUGUUUUUAUUUAGGGUUUAAAUAUUUGAUCUUAUAAAAUGAUAUUAUAUUCCUAUUUGAGUCCACUGCCUAAACAUAGUCUUGCCAAAACAGUGACAAAGUAUGAAAUCCGGAACCAUUUUUCCUUCUUCUCUAAAAGAUUGAGAAUAUUUCAAUCUUUGCUUUGCAAUUGAUGAAUACUUGGUGAUAUGUGAACUAGUGAGUGUCUUUGGCCAAAUCACUGAUAGUCAUGAUCCCAAGCAAUUUGAAGAGUGAAAAGAACAACUCCAUGACGCUUGUCAUAAGGAUUGAAUUGAACUGGUUAUAUGAUAAUUACAUUUCUUCAAUCCUGAUCAGGUUUUGGAAAUACUAAUCAGUAACUUCUGUAGAGGGAGUAGUUUGUUGGCAGGUUUAGUACAUGUCACAACUCACAAGUAAAACCGGUUUUUUAGCCAAGAUAGGUAAAAACAGUCCUUA